UCGCGGCAAUAAGAAAAGCGCGGGAGAAAGAAAAAAAAAAAAGAAAAACGAGCUGGUUGGCUUCUCUUCUCCGGCGCGGCUGCGGGGGAGGAGGAGGAGGCGUGUGCGAGUUGGAUCGAGGGGAGGCGGGGAGCGUGGGAUUGCGUGUUCGGUUGGUCGGCGGCGGCGGAGGCGGAGAUGGAGAGGGGGGCGGCGGCGGGGCCGCUGGGGAUGGAGAUGCCGAUAAUGCACGACGGCGACCGGUACGAGCUGGUGAAGGACAUCGGGUCGGGGAACUUCGGCGUCGCCCGCCUCAUGCGCAACCGCGCCUCCGGCGAGCUCGUCGCCGUCAAGUACAUCGACCGCGGCGAGAAGAUCGACGAGAACGUGCAGAGGGAGAUCAUCAACCACAGGUCGCUGCGCCACCCCAACAUCAUCCGAUUCAAGGAGGUUAUUCUGACGCCGACGCAUCUCGCAAUCGUCAUGGAGUACGCCUCCGGCGGGGAGCUCUUCGAGCGCAUCUGCAGCGCCGGCCGCUUCAGCGAGGACGAGGCUCGUUUCUUUUUCCAGCAGCUGAUAUCUGGAGUUAGCUACUGCCAUUCCAUGCAAGUGUGCCAUCGUGACUUAAAGCUCGAGAACACACUGCUAGAUGGAAGUACUACUCCUCGUCUGAAGAUUUGCGACUUUGGUUACUCAAAGUCAUCAGUUCUUCAUUCACAACCAAAAUCAACAGUUGGAACUCCAGCAUACAUUGCUCCUGAAGUUUUGCUGAAGAAAGAAUAUGAUGGAAAGAUUGCUGAUGUGUGGUCAUGUGGUGUGACACUCUACGUGAUGUUGGUUGGUGCAUACCCUUUCGAGGAUCCUGAAGAUCCUAAGAAUUUCAGAAAGACAAUUCAGAAAAUAUUGGGUGUUCAGUACUCAAUUCCGGACUAUGUCCACAUAUCUCCGGAGUGUCGCGAUCUCAUUACAAGGAUUUUUGUCGGCAACCCAUCUAGUAGGAUCACCAUGACUGAGAUAAAGAACCACCCAUGGUUCAUGAAGAACAUACCAGCUGACCUCAUGGAUGAUGGCAUGGUGAGCAAUCAGUAUGAAGAGCCUGACCAGCCGAUGCAGAAUAUGAACGAGAUCAUGCAUAUACUGGCAGAAGCAACAAUACCAGCAGCUGGCACCCGUGGAAUCAACCAGUUUUUGACUGACAGCCUUGACCUUGACGACGACAUGGAGGAUAUGGACUCAGACCUUGACCUUGACAUAGAGAGCAGUGGAGAGAUUGUAUAUGCCAUGUAAUCAUCUGAACAUUUGCAAUGAAAUUGCAGUCUGAAUCAGCUUGUUUCAGAGCAAGUAGAGCUCCAGAAGAUAUCUCUGUUCAGGCUAUAGAGAAGCAGACCUCUGCUGCCAUUACUGUUCAAGUCUGAAUAUCUGAUGAGACAUAUUGUAGCUGCGUUGUUGUUGCUGCAGAUUGUGUAGUAUGUAUGUUGUGCAACAAUUUUAGCACCAGAUGAAACCGUGCAAGAUUGUUUCUAGGCAACACUGAGAAAUGAGAAGCACUGUAUGGAACCUUUUUCUGUAUUGUAUUAAACAGGAAGACAGAAAAUAUGUAUUGGUUAUUGUAUUGUAUGUGCAUGUAAAUAUACUUUGUGCCAACAAGAAAAUCUAUAUUA